GGACUUUGGCCUAGAGUAACCCCGCUCGCUUGAGCUUUCCCCUCUAUUCCGCGCCUACCCCCGGCACGCCCUGAGAGCCCGCGGCGGUUGGGCGCUCGCUGCCCGCCCCUCUUCCUCCCUGCCGAGCUUCGGCUCACCCCCUCCCGGCCCCUGCGCGCGACACCUCGUCAUGGCGGCCCUCAGCAAGUCCAUCCCUCAUAACUGCUACGAGAUCGGCCACACUUGGCACCCUUCCUGCGGGGUCUCCUUCGUGCAGAUCACCAGGGGCGCCCUGGAGGAGUCCCUGAAGAUCUAUGCUCCCCUGUACUUGAUUGCAGCAAUUCUCCGGAAACGAAAAUUAGAUUAUUAUUUACACAAACUGCUCCCUGAGAUCCUACAAUCUGCUUCAUUUCUGACUGCUAAUGGGGCCUUGUUUAUGGCUUUCUUUUGCAUUUUAAGGAAAAUACUUGGAAAAUUCUACUCAUGGAGUCCUGGCUUUGGUGCCGCUUUGCCAGCUUCUUAUGUGGCCAUUCUAAUUGAGAGAAAAAGCAGGAGAGGGCUGCUCACAAUUUAUAUGGCCAACUUGGCCACAGAAACACUAUUUAGAAUGGGUGUAGCAAGAGGAACCAUCACAACGUUAAGAAAUGGAGAAGUCCUUUUAUUCUGCAUCACAGCUGCCAUGUACAUGUUCUUUUUCAGGUGCAAAGAUGGUUUGAAAGGAUUUACAUUCUCUGCACUUAGGUUCAUUGUUGGGAAGGAAGAAAUUCCCACACAUUCUUAUUCACCAGAGGCGGCAUAUGCAAAAGUGGAACAAAAGACUGAGAAACAUGAGGAAAAACCAAGAGGAACGAAUAUAAUUGCUCUAGUCAGGAAGCUUGUGGAUUCAGUAUGUAAGCAUGGACCAAGGCAUAGAUGUUGCAAACACUAUGAGGAUAAUUGCAUCUCUUAUUGCGUUAAAGGUUUUAUCAGAAUGUUUAGCGUGGGAUACUUGAUCCAGUGCUGCCUCCGGAUUCCCUCUGCAUUUAGGCAUCUGUUUACACAGCCAUCCCGGCUAUUUUCUCUCUUCUACAAUAAAGAAAACUUCCAGCUCGGAGCUUUUCUGGGCUCUUUUGUUAGUAUAUACAAGGGUACUAGUUGCUUCCUGCGCUGGGUCAGAAAUCUGGAUGAUGAACUGCAUGCCAUUAUAGCUGGAUUUUUGGCGGGAAUAUCAAUGAUGUUUUAUAAAAGCACAACAAUUUCCAUGUAUUUAGCUUCCAAAUUGGUAGAGACAAUGUAUUUCAAAGGUAUCGAAGCAGGAAAGGUUCCCUAUUUUCCCCAUGCAGACACUAUCAUCUAUUCCAUCUCUACAGCAAUUUGCUUCCAGGCAGCUGUCAUGGAAGUUCAGACCUUACGACCAUCUUACUGGAAGUUCCUUUUAAGGCUCACCAAGGGCAGAUUUGCCGUUAUGAACCGAAAAGUCCUUGAUGUUUUUGGUACUGGUGCAUCUAAACACUUUCAGGAUUUCAUCCCUAAGUUGGAUCCAAGAUACACAGUUGUAACACCAGAGUUGCCCGUCGAGUUUUCUUGAAGAUGACCGUAACUUAUUAAUGUGACUUAAUGUUUCAUUAUUUUGUCCUAGAGAGUUAAUUAUGUUGAACACAAAGAAGGGGGCCUGAGCUUGAACGUCAGUGUUAUUUCAAUGAGAGACGCUCUUUUUUUUUGUUUUUCUUACCAAUCAGAAAUACAGAAGCUUUUCAGGAAAGUGUUGCUUAAUAAUUAAGCUCCCUCUAUAGCCAGAAUCUCAUUCUGGAUCACUGUAAUGGUUGACAUUAUGAUAUAUUAUUAUCGAUUAAAUUAUAUCCACAAGCAAUAUUAAAUAAUUAUGUAGAAAUGUAGUAACAAAUAAGAGUAUACUUAAAAUUACUUUAAAAGAUGUUUUACUUCAUUCCAAUCUAAUUCUUGGUUAAAACUAAGAAUAUUUCUACAUUUUAGGAUACAAAGGAUCACGGGUACAUGGAUUUGGUCUGUAUUUUUUUUUUUUUAACUUCUGAAUUGGUAACUAUAGUAGUGAAAUGUUAUGGGUAUGGAGUAACUCUUCACAGACAGUGCUGCUUUAUUUAGUAGAGAGCAAAUUAAUUGGAGAAAGUGGCCAUUCUUAACUUCAGGGAUGCAAAGACGGGUAUCAUACUGUUGGGAUAAAUGCCGUGGUAUCCGUGCUCUUUUUCCACUGAUACCUUCAUCUCUCUCCAUGAUUAGUUGGGUUCUUCGGCAGCCAGUGAACCUAUGUAUUAGUGACAGGUGAGGAGCAAAUGGAAAUUGACGUAUCUGAUAAAGUUGAAACGUAUGUUUUAAUCUCUUACAGAAGCAUUACACUUGAAUAUUCAAAAACAAAUGAAGUUACUUUUAAACCUCC